AUGGCUCAACCGACCCGCGUGGCCGUUGUUACGGGCGUGAACCGCGGCAUUGGCCUGGCCAUCCUGCGCAAGCUUGCUUCUGGCUCUACCGGACCCCUUGUAGUCUACGCCAGCACCCGCGCCGGCACGCUCCCCGAAGUCAUCAUCACGGAGCAGCAGCAGCAGCAGUCCCACCCGGACGUCAAGAUCUUACCGGCACAACUCUCCCUCACCGAACCAACCUCCAUCGAUGCCUUGGCCGCGCGCGUCGCCGAAGAGCAAACCACCGUGGACGUGCUGAUCAACAACGCUGGCGUGUACCACUACCGCGAACGCAUCAGUAACGCCGACCGCACCGAGACGCUCGAGACGAACUACCGCGGCACGCUGCGCCUGUGCCAGGCGUUCCUCCCGCUGCUCGCGCGCAGCCAGUCCGGCGGGCGCAUCGUCAAUCUAUCCUCGCAGGCUGGCCGGCUACGAUGGUUCGCGCCGCAGUUACGCCCGCGGUUUCUCGCGCCGGAUCUCGCGUGGGAACAGCUCGACGCGUUGGUGCGUGAGUACGACAGCGCGGCGAACGCGCGGGGCGAUGAAGUUCAGACCGGGUGGCCGCCGAUGGCGUACGCGGUCAGCAAGGCGGCGCUGAAUGCCGGCACGCGCAUACUGGCGAGGGAGAACCCGGGCCUGCUCAUCAACAGCUGCUGUCCCGGCUGGGUUGCUACGGACCUGGGCGGGCAGGCUGGGCCGCCGCCUAAGACGCCCGAGGAGGGCGCUCGCAUCCCGUUGCACCUGGCGUUUGGGGAUAUUGGCAAGACGAGUGGCCGGUAUUGGGCCAAUGAUUCGACGGCUGGCACGGGCGUGGGUAAGGUGCAGGAGCCGUGA